UCGAUCAGCGCGUACAUGCCACGCACCCAUUUCCUCGCCUUUCCUUUAAAUCCGCACCCAAACCAACCAUUCCAAUCCCAGAGCCAUCAGCGGUUCAGCACCAUGAGACCAUCCGUCCUCCUCCGCACCAUCUGCCUUCUCCCUCUCCUCCUCGCCUUCUUCGCCGGCGGCGUCGCCGCGGCGAGGGCUCCGGCAAGUUCUCGUGGGCCUCUGGUCGGCGGGUGGACGCCGAUCGCAAACGUGAACGACGCGCACGUCCAGGAGCUGGCGGCGUUCGCGGUGUCGGAGCACAACAAGACGCAGAACGACGGGUCCCGGCUGACGCUGGUCCGGGUGGUGAAGGCGGAGCAGCAGGUGGUGGCCGGGACCAACUACCGACUGGAUCUGAGCGUGAAGGAUGCGAACGGCGCCGCGGCCUCGUACCAGGCGGUGGUCUGGGAGAAGCCCUGGCAGAACUUCCGCCAGCUCACCUCCUUCGUCCGACUCUCCAAGACCUAACGAAGUAAUUUCUCGGCGUCGAAUCACCAGUCGAGUAGAUCAGGCUCCUGCGUGUGACAAAUAAGGCCAUCAAUAAUGUACCUGUGGACUGUGGUGACGAUAUAUGCCAUAAUGUUUACUUUUUGUUAGAAUUAUUUUGCACGACGUGUUUAGGGUGUGUGACGUUUGUGAAUGGCAACGCCUCUCUACUGCAAUUGAAGUGUCUCAGCUCCGCUUGCUGAUAAUAAAGAACUUAGAAAUUGUUAUCA